GAACCGAUCGACCUUCACGUAAAUAGUUGUACUGUUUACCUGUGCAGAAUAUUCAGUAUAAUUGCGUAAAAUAUUAUUAAGGAAAAAUGUACAUAAACAAAUGAUUGAUAUUCACAUUUGCUUGUAUUAAUGCAAUAUGUAUAGACACGAAGAAAAGUCGCACGCCGCAUCUUGAGAUGACAGUUCGCGCGUUCUACGUCAGCUGAUCAGCUGUUGCGACUUGUAAUUAAGCUGAUGAAGCUUUAGAUAAGGCUAGAUGUUUGCAUGAGCGUGGCUUAUCAGUAGUCAUGAGUGCUCGUCAUGAGUCGAGUACGUACGAGAGAGAACUGGAGUAAUUGAGUAAUCGAUAUGCAUAUGUGGUAUUGGUUCGGUGUGGAUCUGGGAAGCUUCCUGUUUCAAGGUUACAAUAUUACCACAGUAUGGGGUCUUGCGGCAACCUGCCUGGGUCUGGCUGCCCUUGCAAUACUGUACGAGGCCAUGAAGGUCUUUCAGAUCCACUUGCAAGAGUUUGGGAUCAAGUCUGUAUCUAGAACGGCCUCAGCCUCCUCCGAAAGUUCCUCUCUUCUGUCCAGAGUGACAUCAAAGAAUCUUAGAACUUAUACAAGAUGUGCAAUCUGCUCAAAAUGGACACUGCAAGUAUUACACUGGUUUCUUCACACCACACUUGGUUACAUUCUGAUGAUGGCAGUUAUGACAUACAAUGCUUACUUCACGAUCGCCCUUACAAUUGGAGGCUGCCUCGGAUACUGGGUGUUCGGUCCUACACUUGUACGAUUAAAUAUGCAACGAUUUUAUCGCAAACAAGCGCUUGUGAAAUGUGACGAGAACUGUACAAAUAACUUUACAAAUCCACAAAGACGUGAAUCCGCAGUUUCUAUUGUCGCAGAGCAAUUAGUCACCGAGGCAAAUAUUGAAGUGCAUGAAUCAAGAGAUACGUGAGUUUCAAUAUAUCAAACUUGAUAACGGAAAGUCUGAUAUUAUUUAAAGUAGUUAUUGUUAUACAUUACACAUUUAUAUAUAUAUAUAUAUAUAUAUAUAUAUAUAUUAUACAC